AUGGGGGUCCCCGUGGGGGCCGUGGCGCUUUGGGGGGCCCUGUGGUUUUGGGUGUCCCCGAGGCGCCGGGGACUGCAAAGGGCAGAGGAGGGUCCUGAGGGGUCCCGCGGCUUCGUCACCGACGGGCCCGGCAACUACUCCGUCAAUGGGAACUGCGAGUGGCUCAUCGAGACCCCCAGACCCAUCCCCGUCAACGGCAACUGCGAGUGGCUGAUCGAGCCCCCAGCCCCCGUCACAGGCUGCCCCAGCCCCCGUCACAGGCUCCUCCUGACCUUCACCUUCAUGGACACGGAGUGCACCUACGAUUACCUGUUCGUCUACGACGGGGGCUCCACGCGCAGCCCCCUCCUCGCCGCCCUCAGCGGGAGCUCCCUGCCCGCCCCCCUCGAGGCCACCACCUCAAAGAUGCUGCUGCACCUGUUCAGCGACGCCAACUACAACCUGCUGGGCUUCAACGCCAGCUGGGAGGCCUCGCUGUGCCCGGGGGGCUGCUCGGGGAGGGGGCUCUGCGACCCCCAGGGCCUCUGCCGGUGCCCCCCGGGCUGGGGGGGACCCUCCUGCGCCCACCCCCGCUGCCAGGACCACUGCAGGGCCCCCGGGGGCACCUGCAACCAGGAGUCGGGGGUCUGCGAGUGCCAGCCGGGAUUUUUGGGGUCCUCCUGCGACCUGGCCCUGGGGGACAACCUGGGGGGGGGUCUCUGGUACAACGUGAGCGACCGGGACCCCCAGUUCAGCCCCCGAGCCGCGGCCGCCGGCGCCGUCCUGCCCGGGAUGGGGGCCCUCUACGUCUUUGGGGGGCUGGACCUGAACCAGGCCCUGGGAGACCUCGUGGUCUACAACUUCAGCACCAACCGCUGGAGCCGCAUCUUGGGGACCCCCAGCCCGCACCAACCGCUGGAGCCGCAUCCUGGGGACCCCCAGCCCGGCCCCCCGUCACUCGCACUCUGCCGUGGCCUGGGGGACACCCUAGUGGUCUUCGGGGAGCUGCCCGGGGGCCCUCUACCAACGACCUGGCCAGAGACCCCCCAAAGGGAACCCCCGGGGCUCGCAGCCCACGCCGCUGCCCUGGUCGGGGACUGGCUCUACGUCUUCGGAGGUCGCCGCUCUGACGACGUCUUCUCCUCGGAGCUGUUCCGGUUCCGCUGUCCCGGCCCGGGGGUCCGGGGGUUUCUGGGAGGGGUCUCCCUGUGGGAGAGGGUGGAGGUUUGGGGAAACCCCCAGGCUGCCAGGCACUCCAUGAUCUUCCACCCCCCCUCCCGGACCCUGCUGGUCUACUGGGGGCACCGGCCCUCAACUGCCAGGUUCAGUGUCCGGGUGAACUCGACCGACGCUUUCCACGUGGAUCGGCACCACUGGAGCCCCCUGAGGGCCGGGGGGACAGAGGGCCCAGGGACCCCGGGAAGGGCCUUCCACAGUGCCAGCCUCAUUGGGGACUACAUGGUGGUCUAUGGGGGCAAUGUGCACACCCACUACCACGAGGAGAAGUGCUACGAGGAGGGGCUGCACUUUUACCACCUGCGCUGCCACCGCUGGGUGAGACCCCAGCCCCUCACCCCGGCACCAGGUCCUGGUGGGGAGGGGUCCCCGGGGGGGGGUCGAUACUCGCACGUGUCGGGGGUGCUGAGCGGGAACGUCCUGGUGGUGGCCGGGGGGUUCAGCGGGACCCCCAGGGGGGACCUGAGAGCCUACAAAGUGCCCCCCUUCGUCUUCCAGGGGCCCGCCCAGAACUACCACCUGGACUAUUGUUCCCUGUACCCCGACCGGGGGUCCUGCACGGGAGACCCCCAAUGUGGGUGGUGCCGGGGGCUGCCAGAUCCCCACCCCCACAACAACGUCCCGCAGUGCCCCCCCCAGGGGUGCCCCGGGCUGGGGCGGCUCUUGGGGGACUGCGAGUCCUGCUUGGCCUUCGGGGGCUUUUCGGGGGGUCCCGGGACCCCCCCCGCGACCCCCUUGGGCUGGUGCGUCCAGAACGACACCUGCCUGCCCCUCUCGGAGCAGGGGGGGUGCCGUGUGGGGCAGAUUUCGGGCACCCACGGCUGGUGGGGGUCCCGGCCGGAUUUCCUGACGGAGCUGCCCCAGUGCCGGCAGGGCCGGGGGGUCCCCCCGGGGCUUCACCUGCUCACCUUCCAGCACCCCAGGAACGACUCCCAGCCCGACAAGGUGUCUCUGAUCCGCAGCACGACCAUCACCCUGACCCCCCCCGGGGACGCCGAGGUGUCCCUCGUGUUCAGGGGCUUCAUCCACCCCCUCCUGGGACCCCCACCCAGCCCGGGGCCCGGGCCCACCGUGUGGGUCAGGAUCCAGAGGCUGCACGUGGUGGCCACCAUGGCCAGGAGGGCAAACUCCCCUGAAAUGGAGGAGGUGGGGCGCUGGUGGGCCCAGCAGGAGCGGGAGACGCGGCCCCUGCGCCGCCCCCGCCCCUUCGAGCGGCUCUUCGGGACCCCCGAGAGGGGCAACAAAUACCUGGUGCAGGUGGAGGGGACCCUCAACGCCUCGGGGGGGCUCAGCUCGGAGCUCACCCUCACCUGGGACCGCACCGGGGUCCCGGGGGGCAGCGAGAUCUCGUUCUUCUUCCUGGAGCCGUUCCGGGGGUCCCCGGGGGGCUGCCCGGGGUACCCCUCGUGCCUGGCGUGCCUGGCGGACUCGGGCUGUGGGUGGUGCCCCCCCAGCUCCUCCUGCCACCCCCGAUUUGGGGGGGAUGGGGGAGGGCCCUGCGGGGGAGGGGACCCGAGUUGGGGGCCCCGCCUGGUCCUGACCCCCAGAACUGCGUCCCGUGCGAGGAGCACUGGGACUGCCCCGCCUGUGCUCAGCCGCUCCUCGUGCUCGGAGUGCCUCGCCCCCCCCUCUCAGUGUGCCUGGUGCCCCUCGACCCAAAAAUGCUUCCUCUUCGCCUCCUACCUGGCCAGGUACCCCUACGGGGGCUGCCGGGGCUGGACCGACAGCGUCCACUCGGCCCCGCAGUGCCGGGAGUGCCCCCAGCUCCGAAACUGCCGAGAGUGCCUCGCCCAGCACGGCUGUGGCUGGUGUGGGAGGGGGGACAACCCCUCCAUCGGCAGGUGCCUUCCAGGCGACUUCUCGGGGUCUCUGAGGGGGCCUCCCCUCCUCCCCUCCCCCUCGGGGUCUCCCCACCACCCCGGGGUCUCCCCUCCCCGGGGUCUCCCCACCUGCGGGGUCUCCCUCCCCGGGGCUCUGGUGGUACGGGAGUGCCCUGACGUGGACGAGUGCGGCUUGGGGGUCGCUCGGUGCCACCCCGGGCCCGCUGCAGGAACACCCCCAGGCCUGGGAGUGCCUCUGCAGGAGGGGCUUCAGGGGGACGGGGUCACCGACUGCCAGCCCACGUGCUACGACGACUGCGGGCACGGGACUUGCUCAGGACCCCCCAACUUCACCUGCAUCUGCGACCUGGGCUGGACAAACCUCCCAACCCCCUGAGACCUCGGGGACCCCCGGGACCCCCAACCCCGGCUGUGCUCGGUGGACUGCGGGUGCCACUUCCACAGCUCCUGCGAGAAGGGGGGGCCCGGGGUCUGUGACCAGUGCCAGAACUGGACGGAGGGUCCUCGCUGCCAGCGCUGCCGGCCGGGCAGUUUCGGCCCGGGGGGGUCCCGGGGGUGCCGUCCCUGCCUCUGCCACGGCCACGGGGACCCCCUGAGGGGCUUCUGCCACCCCAGCUCGGGGCUCUGCCACUGCCAGCCCCCCACCACGGGCGCCCACUGCCAGAGCUGCGCCCCGGGGUACUACGGGGACCCCAGGUGAGUGAAAAACACCCCAAAAUUACCCAAAAUAGCUCCUGAAAAUACCCAAAAAUACCUUCAAAAAUAGCCAAAAUAUACCCCAAAAAUAACCCCAAAAUAACCAGAAUAUACCCCCAAAAUACCCCCAAAAUAACCCCCACCACGGGCGCCCACUGCCAGAGCUGCGCCCCGGGGUACUACGGGGACCCCAGGUGAGUGAAAAUAACCCCAAAA